AUGCGCAUACUGUGCCAUGACUGCUUUGCUAUCCCAUUCGAGAUUGAUUGGGGCACGUCCGAUGAUGCUGAUACCUUUAUUUCGGCACACGUCUUCUUCAAAAACCAUCCAAAUUUGUGCGAUGCCGACACAGAUAACGUGACAGCACCUGUCGAGGACUUCACUGAUGACAUGACACAAGAAGAACCAAUCACAGAGUUUUACUUGACCCAACCAGAUGCAGAGUCGGUCGAAGAUACCACCAGCGUUAACAGCGAUGACGAUUGCCUCCAAGGAGAGGCUGUUCUCAAUUGCUUCUUCCAUGUGGUUCAAGCUUUUGCUCAGAAGAAAGGCUACGCGAAGAAAAUAAAGGAUAAAUCCUUCGCAGCAGCCAAGACCGAUGGCAGAGUGGACAAGAACACUGCCUAUUCUCAUGUCUGCAACAUCGCGAAAAGCAAGACUGUGGAACAGCGACAGAAGCUAACAGAAUUGUACCUGAACGACUGGCGACUACGUGGUGAAGACGCAGCUGCAGACCAUUUCGAAAAAGAAUAUUGCCAUCAUCCAAGAUGGAAUUGGAACUACUAUUGUUCUGGUGAAGUCGGUGUAUAUCCUUCCAACUGUCCAAACGAGAGUUUCAAUCGGCACGGGAUCAAAGGCAUCUGUGCCGAUUGCCCCAAGAAUGCCUCACUAUGUUCUUUCUUGGUUCACACAGCUACCAAGCUGCUCAAAGAAGAUGCAUUCUCACGUGGGGACCCAUGCACUAUUGAAAUUCCUCGCUCUUGUUCUGUUAUUGCAGUUGGCCUCUGUGGGUUUUUACAAGAAUCUGUGGACUUGGUGGAGCUUGGAACAGAUGAACAAGGACGUCCUGCCAGCUGGUUGGCAAAUUUUCGAUUCAAAAUUGGGUGUCCUCUUGACUCCAGGCGAUUGGAUCUUGUUCGUGCUUCCCUUGAUGGCGACAUACGACCUUUCAUCAAAAAGAUUUCCGAUGGCUACUUCGAUCCACCUCCAGCCCAACUUGCUGAUGACAUGAUCCUGGCAACGUCGACAGUGUGUCACCUACAACGAAAGGGUGGCAACAUUGUGGGUGAUUGCGAAGAUUGUGUCAAACACUUGGGGUACUCGUGUCCGGGAGCAAUAUAUCUUCGCAGCAAACACAAUUUGCUGGAUGCUUCCCUUGAAACCCUACGUAAAACGUCGGCCAAUGCACGAGGUGCUGUAUCGAAAGCAAGUGCACGCGGCUCAACAAGGAAGAUGUAUCAGAGUGGUCUGUCCAGUCACAAAAGACGUUGUGUACCCAAGAUGCUAGAGACACUCGAGGCUUAUCUGGAGAGUCUCAGCAGGCCUCAGAUGAUCCGUCUGAUUGGGUAUCUGCACUUAUUUCCGUACAAGACCACCCUUGCCGAUUGGGUAAAAGAAAAGGAAGUGAAAGAUCUGUUGGACGUUCUUGUUUCUUUCCAUGACAACCCAACUAGAUACCGACAGAUGCAAGCAAGCAAUUUGCUUUCGACCUCUAAGUCGUCGUUUGAGGUAGUAAAGAAGCUCGCAAGCAACAUCAAAGAAGCCCCUGUGGCGUCCAAUGAAAACAAACGUAAUACGUAA